CAAUCCGCAGCUGUACUUCAAAGUACCUAAUGUUAUUCAAUAUCACCAGAGAGUCAACAAACGUGUCUGGUGUACCAUAAAGAAAAGCGCCUUAACGAUGGCUAACUUGGCGGCAGCUUUUUCUGGUGUUUUUACAAAAUCGAGAGCAGUGGCACUACUUCAAUACACAACAGUUCGCUUUCGACGAAAACCGCGCUGGCUCGGUACAGCCAAAAGCAAACUGUUCCGCGUGCCAGAGCGCAAGAAACAGAUCGAGGAAGAAAUCGAAGAGUUAAAGCGAUUGCACAAUAACUAUCGUACACAGAUGAAAGCGGUGCGUAACUUCCUGCGGGAUGAAGUGGAAGCAUAUAAGCUAGUUUCUCGCGCCGGUCUGGUACUGCAAACUCCCGAACAAGAAGAAGCGGAAUGGCAGGAAGCGUUGCGCAGGAACGACGAGUGGAACCAGCAAACUGCUGCUAAACGCGAAGAACGGCUGGUUACAGAGCGGGCGGCUCGCAAGGAGUAUAUACUGGAAAGGCUAGUUCUAAAGGAGCAAAGGGAAAUAGAUAAAAAGGAGCAGGUCGAAGCGAAGGUGCGCAUAGAGAAGGAACUGUCGAAAACAUUCAUUACGCGUGAAAACAUCGACAAAGCAAUCGAGCUAGCACUGGUGCAGCCAACCACUUUCAACUUUGCACUAGACCGUGAUGGAAACUUGCAUCGAGCUGCAGAUGGUUUGCCUAAAGAUACCAAUCAACAAAGUUAGAUAUCCGCCUAGAACCGUAUAUUUCAUGUAGAAUUCUUGAAUAAAUAUUCCCAGUCCGGGGAUGCGUUUA